GGAGCGGCCAGUCUUAAAAUUUUCACUACCACAUUGACAGAUUCUCGUAUCAAAUCGAGCCAACACCUGUUGAAAAUGCUUUCAGCGAAGGUUUUCCUUCUUGGAUUUACUUUUGUUGCAACUGGUAAGUCUUUACAAACAUGGGGUUAUGCUGUUCUUCAACAUAUUACACUGCGUUGAUUGUUUGUUCCGCGCGUUCAACAAGUAGUCUGUGUUGUCUCGUACGAUUGAUAUUGGCCUUAACGUUGAGCUAGGGGCGAUUCCACGGUCAUUUUCGACAGAAUUCAUAUGAGCUAAUUUAACGCUUUUUCUAAAAGCCUCUCUAACCUCAAACUUAUGGUACUUUCGAUCUGUUCACAGACAUCGUAAUCCUUACCCCAGGUUGUUAUCCUAUUCCGAACUCUAAACAUUCAUGUCCCAAAGAUUGUUCCCUGUAACUAUGCCCGGAACCUGUUUGUCUCUGAUUACCACGAAACCAUGAAUCAUCGAAACCUGAAACACGUAACCUCCCAGAGCUGGAGAUUGUUUCGAUUAACUUAAGCGCAGCAUUUGGAAUAUUCCAGAAAUAGUUAAAGGAGCUACAUCAUUGAAAAAUCCCAGAUUCCAUGUUGCCGUGCGUCUGAACAGUAAUAGAUCACAGGAUUAAAAAGUGGGGCUAGGAAAAACGUGCUAAAAACACAAAAACGGGGCUCGAAAAAAUAAUACGCAACUCGCCGAUAUCCGCACGUAUUGUAUAUAUUAUCAUCGGAUUAGGUGUAUGUCUUCCACUCAAUGUGGGAUUUUCGACAAGCCGCUACAAAGUAACGUUUACGGAAACAAAAUUUUGCCUCCUAUCAGAAGUGUUUUUUCUGUUCAUACCAACUUUUGCUUCAUUUCGUUUUAGUUUGUUUUAGUGUAAAAGAAGCAUCAGUCUUGUCAAAUACACCCGAACACCUGGUGUACGUAUUUGGAUCCGAGGGCGUUGAAAUCAUUGACCCGAAGAGCAAAAAAGUUUUGCAUAAUAUCACUGAUGAUAUCUGCACUAAGUCAAACAAUCGCUUUUCCAGGUAAGGCUGUAAACCUUUAUGUAAAAAAAAGAAUUUAAACGGACAUUAAAAGAGAAUUUAAAUAAAAUUUAAAGAGAAUUUAAAUAGAAAUAUUCCGAUUUUACCGACAUUUCUGACACACAGAAAUCCGUUCAGACAAUUCGACCAAACGACAGAGCGUCAAGUGGAACGAAUCUUCCCCGACGUAAACACGCUGUGCUUUUCAAUAAUGAUUCUGUUUGCUCGUUAUUCUAGGAAAAAGUGUUCUUUUGGAGGAGUUAUUUCUGUUAAGGAUGAACUGAUUUUCUUCAGCGACAUUCCUGGGAAUCGAGUUCAUGUUAUUGAUGUGGAAAAACAAGAGGUGCGAUUAGGAAUAACAAUUUAUUUGCAUAAUGAUAUAUCUGGGGCACCAUUGUAUAUUGCUCACCAGGAGAAAUGAAAAUGAUCCAGGGCUGAAGAGUAAAGGGCCGCCUGAUUAAAUGACAUGCCUAAGCUUUAAGUCAUACACUUCUUGAAUAUUUCUCAGUAUUUUCCCCUUUUUUGCGCUUUAUGCUUGCAAAGCAAAGUUUUGUCUUUUUUUAUAAUUGACAUUUUCAAACAAUUAGGUAAUGUGCAUGGUCUGUAAGCCCCGCUCACCAGAGGGAAAAGAAAGAUUUGUUGCACCUUUACGUUUCUUUCAAGAUCUUAAAAUAUCUAAAGAUGUACUGAAGAGAUGUCCUCACCUUUGAAGGUUAAAGAAAGAAUUGCAACCGGGGGAUAUCCUUAUGACUUGUACUACCUUCCCUGGCUAGAGGAAGUCUGGGUUCACUCGUGGGCGAGCUCUACGUUUGACGUCAUCAGUACCGCGGGAAGUCUGGAGAAGACACAUACCGCCAUUAAGGCGCAUGUGCAACCGGGUAAGUAACAAAGAGACGUAGAUAUAACAUCGUAAAAAACAAUAUGAGAUGAUGUUCUCUUGUAUCAAAUCAUCGUUCAUUAAUGCACACAACAGUAUUUUCCUUGUUUUUUCUUGUUUGUUUGUUUUUUUUUCUGAUAGUCACAGGAUUUAAAAAGUACAUUAGAAUAGACAGUCCCAAAUCUAACCAUGUCAAGAAAUCCAACCCAUCCAGUGGGAGAUGCAUUGACCCCAAAUCCCAUAAUGCUUCAGGAACCUCUAUGAGCUCUUGCAGAACAAGCCACCAAGCUCGGAUUCAACUGAUCGUGACCCAGUUCUUUCACAUUAUUAGGGACUUUAAGAAAAUCACGACAGCGACGGCAACGAGAACAUGGCGAAACAAAAAAUCUAAUGAGCAAAACAAUAGCACAGCACGUGCGUUUUAAAAAGUUUAUAGAUUACGUCCUUUUGGUAAGGAAACUUUGACCGCAAUUUAGUCUCGUUUUUACUUUGAAAUUAUCACUACAUCCACAUGUUAUGCUACAAGGAAGAUAUCGCACCAUCAGAAACGGUUAACGCAUCGAGCUACCGGGAAAACUCUAAGGGGAUGAAAGAAGGUUCGUUUUUUCAGCAACGUUUUCCCACACGUUGCCAUAGUGACAUUUUACACUCUCUAUUAAAUCGUUCUUCAUUCAUUCUCAUAGGCUGGACACAUGGUUACAUGUACGCCGACCAGCAAAUAGCGAAUGGAAACUUAGGCUACGUAACACAUAUGUCCAACCCAGGAAUUCAUCAACUCGACUUGUCAUCUAAGACAUACAAAGACUUCGUGGAUGUAUCAAACUAUGGCUGUGGAGGAACUUUGAACUUUGCGUACAGCCCGGUGAAUAAGCACGGCUUUUUUGACUGCAGGGGAUCCAAGACACUCCUGGAGCUUGACAUAGCUACUGAUCAAGUUGUCCGAAGCUAUAAUUUCACAGGACGUCCCUACGCUUCUAAAUACGGCCGGUACAUUGUAACCCUUUACAAAUCCGUCAACGAAUCAAUCAACAUGCUCCUCACCAGUGAAGUGGUCAUUCUUGUCGUUUCUGGUAAGGACAGCGCUCCAAUUCAAAAACCCACGGUGAAAAUCCCUGGAGGUGUCAGUCGACUAGUGUUCGACCCCAAUAUUUCCUAUGUAGCUUACAUCAGCCUCGUAUACCUCGAUAAGAUUGCAGUGUUGGAUCUGGAUUCUCUUCGAGUGAGCUACAUUGAUGGGGUCGGGAGUGUACUGACGGCACCUGGUAUGCAUGCUGUGAGCCGUUCUCUCAUCGUAGCAGGGCCUUGGAUGGUAACACCAGCUACAGCUAAUAAUUCCGUCGCCGUAAUCAACAUGGCCAACCGUGAGCUAGAGGGUAUGGUGCAAGGAGUCGUCCAGGGCUUGAGCAUGAUUUCCGUGCGUCGAAAAGUUCCAGUUCCUGUGAACGCCGCAAAGUUUAUCCAUUUUUCAUCACUGAAGCUGAUUAUUACCCUGCUUUUUGCUGUACAAGUGACGUUUGGGUAAACCAAAGUGACGUUUGGUAGCAUUGUAAAGGCCCGGCCAAACGCAGGCAACAUUUCAACGAAACGUCUCUCAACAUUGUUGGAUCGUGUUAGAAGAUGUUGUGAAGGGGUUAGCAAAACACGUGCAGCAUCUUGCAACAUCCGAAAAUGUUGUAACAAAAACUUGACCAUUUUCAAACCUUAUCCAACAUCAACACUUUGUAUUUCAGAGGACCACGUGUGCAUUGUACCUGAUCAUAAAUCGGUUGGAAAGAACAUAACUCACCUCGUUCUCGACUGACUGAGCACCAGUGAAGCGAGUGAAAAGGAAAAAAGAGAACAGCAUGUAAACAUGACGCCUUAUUCGUGACUGACGAGGUACACCCUAACUUUUACGACAAUUUCCAGUUCCUUUGAACGCCGCAGGGUUUAUCCAUUUUUCACUACUAAAGCUGAUUAUUACCCUGCUUUUUGCUGUACAAGUGACGUUUGGGUAAACCAACGGUUUUUUAAUAACACCUUGGCAGCAUUGUAAAGGCCCGGCCAAACGCAGGCAACAUUUCAACGGAACGCCUUUCAACAUUGUUGGAUCGUGUUAGAAGAUGUUGUGAAGGGGUUAGCAAAACACGUGCAGCAUCUUGCAACAUCCGAAAAUGUUGUAACAAAAACUUGACCAUUUUCAAACCUUAUCCAACACCAACAAUUUAUAUUUCAGAGGACCACGUGUGCAUUGUACCUGGUCAUAAAUCGGUUGGAAAGAACAUAACUCACCUCGUUCUCGACUGACUGAGCACCAGUGAAGCGAGAGUGAAAAGGAAAAAAACGAGCACGGCAUGUAAACGUGACGCCUUAUUCGUGACUAACGAGGUACACCCUAAAGUUUACGACAAUUUCCAGUUCCUUUGAACACCGCAGGGUUUAUCCACCCUGCUUUUUGCUUUUCAAGUGACCGUUGGGUAAACCAACAGUUUUUUAAUAACACCUUGGUAGCAUUGUAAAGGCCCAGCCAAACGCAGGCAACAUUUCAACGAAUCGUUUUGCAACAUUGUUGGAUCGUGUUAGAAGAUGUUGUGAAAGGUUGGCAAAGCACGCGCAGCAUCUUGCAACAUCCGAAAAUGUUGUAACAAAAACUUGACCAUUUUCAAACCUUAUCCAACACCAACACUUUGUAUUUCAGAGGACCACGUGUGCAUAGUACCUGAUCAUAAAUCGGUUGGAAAGAACAUAACUCACCUCGUUCUCGACUGACUGAGCACCAGUGAAGCGAGAGUGAAAAGGAAAAAAGAGAACAGCAUGUAAACGUGACGCCUUAUUCGUGACUGACGAGGUAAAACUAAAGUUUACGACAAUUUCCAGUUCCUUUGAACGCCGCAGGGUUUAUCCAUUUUUCACCAUUAAGGCUGAUUAUUACCCUGCUUUUUGCCGUACAAUUGGCCGUAGGGUAAACCAACAGUUUUUUUAAUAACACCUGGGUAGCAUUGUAAGGCCCGGCCAAACGCAGGCAACAUUUCAACGAAGCGUCUUGCAACAUUGUUGGAUCAUGUUAGAAUAUGUUGUGAAGGGGUUGGAAAAACACGCGCAGCAUCUUGCAACAUCCGAAAAUGUUGUAACAAAAACUUGACCAUUUUCAAACCUUGUCCAACACCAACUAAUGUCUUGCCACAUGUUGCUUCAGGUUGGCCAAACGUGUGCAACACGUUGCACGCAACAAUGUUUCAGGAUGUUGCGUUGAAAAGUUGCGUGCAUUUAACCGUGCUUUUAACAGAUAGCUUAACCGCAGAAACCGUUGUCAGUCUAACGACAGAAAAGUGUAAAUUCGUAAUGAUGUUUCCUUACCACUAGAAUUGAUUGAAUCACAGGGCCAAAUAUAUAUUUCAGAGGACCACGUGUGCAUUGUACCUGAUCAUUAAUCGGCUGGAAAGAACAUAACUCACCUCGUUCUCGACUGACUGAGCACCAGUGAAGCGAGAGUGAAAAGGAAAAAAGAGAACAGCACAUAGAACUGUUCAGUGCAAAUGUAAACGUGGCGCCUUAGUCGUGACUGACGAGGUACAUCCUAAAUUUUACAUGAACUACACUGGGCUAAACCGUCUUUAUGUCUGUAUCUGGGCAACUACCCCUCCCCCAACCCUAAGACAGUCAACUGCUAACAAGCCAUGGUUACU